AUGAGAGCAGCGCUGGGGCUAAAUGCAAGCACUGAUCUGAGGCCGGCUAAAGUUAGCUUCAACUCGGAGGUGAGAACCUCAGUCCUGGAUCUACAGCCUCAGUCCUGGAUCUACAGCCUCAGUCCUGGAUCUACAGCCUCAGUCCUGGGUCUACAGCCUCAGUCCUGGGUCUACAGGCUCAGUCCUGGAUCUACAGUCUUAGUCCUGGGUCUACAGCCUCAGUCCUGGGUCUACAGCCUCAGUCCUGGGUCUACAGCCUCAGUCCUGGAUCUACAGCCUCAGUCCUGGAUCUACAGCCUCAGUCCUGGGUCUACAGCCUCAGUCCUGGAUCUACAGUCUCAGUCCUGGAUCUACAGUCGCAGUCCUGGAUCUACUGCCUCAGUCCUGGAUCUACAGCCUCAGUCCUGGAUCUACAGCCUCAGUCCUGGAUCUACAGCCUCAGCCCUGGGUCUACAGCCUCAGUCCUGGGUCUACAGCCUCAGUCCUGGAUCUACAGACUCAGUCCUGGAUCUACAGCCUCAGUCCUGGGUCUACAGCCUCAGUCCUGGAUCUACAGCCUCAGUCCUGGAUCUACAGCCUCAGUCCUGGAUCUACAGCCUCAGUCCUGGGUCUACAGUCUCAGUCCUGGAUCUACAGUCUCAGUCCUGGAUCUACAGUCGCAGUCCUGGAUCUACAGUCUUAGUCCUGGGUCUACAGCCUCAGUCCUGGAUCUACAGCCUCAGUCCUGGAUCUACAGUCGCAGUCCUGGAUCUACAGUCGCAGUCCUGGAUCUACAGUCUUAGUCCUGGGUCUACAGCCUCAGUCCUGGAUCUACAGCCUCAGUCCUGGAUCUAA